UUGAAGUUAAUCUGUUCUUCUGCAGCAUGUCUCUGACAAUGUCUCAUGAUGAGGAUUUGACCGUCAUCUCAAACCCAAAGAGCAAAUGGCCAGUACUCUGUCAGAUUCUGGGUUUUCUGUGCUCCAGUCCGAUGUGUUCUGUAUCCCAGUAUAUGAAAGGGAAGCUGACGCACAUCCACACAGCUCUUGGAAUUGUGCAAAUUAUUAUUAGUGUCAUCAAUAUUGCGGCGGAGAAUUUGUUCUCGUGGGUUAGGUCCUAUAGUAUAUAUACAUUUUCCCAUGGACCAUUUUGGCUUGGUGGUGUGUUCCUAGUAGUUGGAAUAGUGUGCAUUCUUCAGGCUAUGUUUCCCAGUACUUGUCUGCUGGCCAUCACAAUGAUUCUGAAUGUAGUCAGUACUGCACUGGCUCUCACAGCUGUUGUGCUGCAUUCAAUGGACCUGGCCGUGGAAAAUAGUACUGCAACUAUAUUCUGCAACUCCUAUGUUUAUUUUUCGCAGAUUGAUUACAAGGAUUUGCCUUUCACAACACAGAAACAAAGGACCAAAAUCUGUUUAGACAGUAUGAUGCUGGGAGGAUUAGAUAUCAUGAUGAUAGUGCUGUCUGUCCUUCAGCUCUGUGUGACCAUCAGUUUCUGUGUUUUGACUGGAAAAGCUUUGUGCAAGAAGGAUGAAGAAGCAAAGUCUGUGGAGGACCCAGAACUUCAAAAGCCGCUCCUGGAAGACGCCACUGCUGGUGCUGCAUGACAAGAUGAACAAAAAUAAUCAGUUUGUUUUGCUUGGCAUUUUGUGUCUCAAUAUUGUAGUGAAAUGAUUUAAAGAACAUCUCCUUCCUUCUGCAACGCUCUACUAAUUAAAUGAGGGCCAGAUUUACUAAACAGGGCAAAUUAGCAUGAGAACGCAAUCGCAUAAAAGCGCCGAUGGGAGAGGAAAGUUCUAAUCUGAUAAUGCGCAAAUUAAAGAACACAGACGCAGUCAGUGCAUUUCCAUAAUAAUCAACACAAUCUACCAAGAGCAGCACAAAUUAGCAAGCAGAGCCGAGGAUUUUUUUGUUGGUUUUUUUGGCAUUAGAUAAUGACGCAAGUAGCCUAGCAGUAACCGCAACUGACUGUA